AUGAGUUUGCUCGCUGCUGAGUUCCGCGGCAAGGCUGACUUUCUGCUCGUGGGCUGCAUGGAAAACCACACCAGCGACGGCAUCCCCUUCGGCACGAACAACGGGUUCCCUGGCGCGGAUGGCGAGAACAACGGUCGAUGGAACAUCCCCCAGCCGAAAACGCUGCAAGAGCGCAUCGACUCGGUGGCGGCUUUUUACAGGGAUUUCUCAGACUACCUCGUCAGCACAGGAGAGCCCAAGUUGGAUAUACCUUGGGUCGUGGACGGGAUGGGCAAUGAGGUGGGGGAUACCUACAUGGCAUAG